AGGUUGUGAAAACGCUGCAGCCCGCUGGUCUGUGUCUGGAUCUCUCACUCGCACAGAGCCGCUCAAGAUCCUCCCACCGGCUGGGCUGGGGAAGGAGGAGGCAGUCUGCUCUGCUUGUAGCGUCGGACGAGCCCCCUUUACCACCCUGUCAGUGUGGAGGAGAGGGGGAGAGAGAGAGAGAGAGAGAGAGAGAGAGAGACUGAGUGACAGAGAAGGAGCACGCGAGAGAGGCAGGCUGCUUAGAGGAAGAAUAAGGAACACAUUUUACAACAGCAAAAAGAAGGAGCAUCGCAGACGAGGGACUCCGUCUCCCCAGGGCACCCGGGACACAGUGACAGCUUCUUUUUUCACUUGUCUACUACCAGGAACUCAGAGGAUUGGCUAUCCAACCAGUGGAUUUUUGUUGACACAUUAUUUAGAAACUGGGAUAAUUUCUCUAUCAUCGGUGCUCCCGCUGGCCCCCGCUGCUCCAGACUGUGAUUGCUUUCUGUGUCUGCGCUAAGCUCUCCUGUUGUGAUCCCGCGCCUCAAAGUGCAUCUGCUGGCAACUGGCACCAGGGAUACCUUCCUCUGUCAAGCAGGACAGCCGUCGUCAAAUCAGACAAGAGAGAAAGUGUGCAUGUGCGUGCAUGAAUGUGUGUGAGUGAGUGAGAGUGUGUUAUUUGCGUGGAUGUAAAAAGGGGAAGACAGUGAGGGGGCAGUGAGAGAGUCGGAUUAAAGCCCAGGCAAAAAGACUGGAGUGAAACAGCUCAAACAGACAACCGAUACACCCUUUACCGUUUUCCUUACUGUUCCUUUCUUUCUCCUCUCCUCCUCCUCUUCUUCCUCUCCCAUUUUCAACAUUUUUAGGAUUACAAGAGCUACUUCCACCUGCGCCUCCUUGCUUCUCCUCUCUCCUCUUUCUCUUCUACCUCACCCCUCACUAUCCGACAGCAGUCACUGUCGAACGCGCCGCUCUCAGAUCUCGCACUUGUGGAGAUAUUUUCAUUGAUCCAGCAGCAAGUGAGUGAACACCUGCCUCAUACCAAGUCUCUGAACAAGUGAAGCACAGCCGGCAAGAGCUUCCCGAUCAGACCGAGGCUAGACCUUCUCCGGAUCCAAACCGCUGUCCGGAAAGCAGAUCUUUCCUUCUCCCCGGAAGACGGACUUGCGGUGCAGACAGCAAGGACUGGGAUUGCACAGCCUCUCUGUUGCCUCUAUCACAUUGCUAGCUACUUGGCAGCUCCCGCCCCCGUGUCACCGUUCCCUGCCUCAGUGCUAAGGAUUCCAGCUACAUGGGCAAGCGAUUGGAGCAGCAGCCAAUGUACCCUCAGUACACCUACUACUACCCCCACUAUCUUCAAACCAAGCCCUAUGCUCCACCCCCUCAUCCCAUGGCUCCUCCCAGUCCCAGCACCAACAGCUGCAACCAGGGAGGGGCGGAGCAGCUGAGUAAGACCAACCUGUACAUUCGCGGCCUGCCUCCUGGAACCACUGACCAAGACCUCAUCAAACUUUGCCAACCGUAUGGAAAAAUAGUGUCAACCAAGGCCAUUCUGGAUAAGAACACCAAUCAAUGCAAAGGUUAUGGCUUUGUGGAUUUCGACAGUCCAGCUGCAGCACAGAAGGCCGUGUCGUCUCUCAAAGCCACCGGGGUGCAGGCCCAAAUGGCCAAGCAACAAGAACAGGACCCCACCAACCUGUACAUCUCCAACCUGCCAGUGUCUAUGGAUGAGCAGGAGCUGGAGAACAUGCUGAAGCCCCUGGGUCACGUCAUCUCCACACGGAUACUGAGGGAUGCUAAUGGGGUUAGCAGAGGCGUUGGCUUUGCCAGGAUGGAGUCGACGGAGAAGUGUGAAGUGGUGAUACAGCAUUUCAACGGGAAGUACCUGAAAACCCCGCCAGGCAUUCCAGCCCCAACGGAGCCUUUGCUGUGCAAAUUUGCUGACGGAGGGCAGAAGAAACGCCAAAGCCAGAGCAAGUAUCCUCAGAACGGGAGGCCGUGGCACAGAGAAGGCGAGACUGGCAUGGCACUAACAUAUGAUCCUGCUGCAAUGCAGAAUGGGUUUUACUCCUCGCCUUACAGCAUCGCCGCCAAUCGCAUGAUCGCACAGACCUCCAUCACGCCCUUCAUCGCUGCUUCCCCCGUUUCCACAUAUCAGGUCCAGAGUACGUCAUGGAUGCCUCAUCAACAAUAUGUUAUGCAACCAACAGGUGCAGUGAUCACGCCAGCCAUGGACCACACUAUGGCCAUGCAGCCUGCCAGCAUGAUGGGCCCUCUCACCCAGCAGAUGAACCAUCUGUCUCUGGGCACUACAGGAAGUUACAUGACUGCUGCAGCUGCCGCGGCGCCUAUGCAAGGGACCUACAUUCCCCAGUACACUCCUGUGCCUCCAACAGCCGUCCCCGUCGAAGGCGUGGUGACAGAUGCCUCGCCCCAGACAGUGGCUCCUUCAUCACAGGAGGUGGCUGGACAGCAGGUGGACAGCGCUGCCGACCACGUUCCUGCUUACUCAUACCAGUCCAAAUAGCAGACGGCCUGAGCGAAUGUUCCUGUGACAGCGUUGCCUUGAGACAGAAGGUGGCUGCACUGUGAAUGUGAGGAAAAAGAGAAAAGAAAGAGAUUACUUCCAGAUUGCCCAGGCACCAAAAAAAGAAAAAAGAAAAAAGAAAGAAAAGAGACACUUUUUUCAUUUCCUACCUGGCCUACAAGAGAAAAAAAAACAAGACUGAGGCGAAGAGCGCUGAGGAAGGGGAUGAGGGGAAAUGACUGGGCACAGUGCAAAGACGUGGAAUUGUUUUAGUCUGGGAACCUGCCUAAGGACUGGGCUGAAGCUUGAAAAGUUUCUCAAAGAAAAUUCUCAACUAAUAAAAAAAAAUACGUAAAAAAAACUAAUAAAAUGAGAAAAAAAAUCUAAAAAAACGGCUGAAUGUGCUGGUAGGCAAUGAAGUUUAUUUUGUAAUUAGAAAAGAGGAGUCCAGUUUGAGAUACACAGAGAUUGUCUUCCUCAGAUAUUAAGCUACACUUUCUUUUCAGUCUUUUUUAUGUUCUAGUGUUAAAUCCUAGUUUUCUAGAUAUAUUCAGUGUGUUUUUUUAUUUUACUUUUUUUUUUUGUCUUUCCUGAAUCUUCAUGGCCUUAAUUUUAAGGGCGCCAGAAACUUUCUACAGAGUUAUAGUCUGACGUCUAGUUGAGGGGAAAAGCAAAAUGUCUCUUGGACCACUUGGGUGGGGGGGUGGGUUCAAGGUGCUGAGUGGAGGAAAAAAAGAGAAAAUCUAUCACAUAAGCUGUACAGAUUUAAUAGAGAAAAUUGUUUUCUUUUCUUCAUUAGAAGAAAACUUUGAUAUGUCAGAGGUAACUAAGUGACGUGAACAAAAUGUUUGUUUUGGGAGGGAAACGAAGUGACUGUGUGUGUGUGUGUGUGUGUGUGUGUGUGUGUGUGUGUGUGUGUGUGUGUGUGUGUGUGUGUGUGUGUGUGCGCGUGUGUGUGUGUGUGUGUGUUUGUCGGGGGGGGGGGUUAAAAGCAUUGAAGAGAUUUUACACAAUGAGGAAAACACAAGAGGACAUGCAGCACUGUUGUUGCAGUCUAUUGCAAUUGCAGAACUCGUUUUUUUUUAUGGUUAUCACCAUUUUACAUGGAGAAGUUGAGUCAUUAGUGCUUUUUAUCUGCCACGUUUUACCUUUUUUAUGAGCUUUAAGAUGUUUUUAGCCCGCUUUGCUUGUCACACUGCAUAAAGAAGAAAAAAAUAAAGCGAAAAAAAGUAUAAAAUGCAAAAUAAAAUGAGAAAAAAUAUCUGGCAGUCAAAUAAAAAGCAGUAGAUUCAAUAGGAGCUUCUGGUUAAAACCAAUCAGUGCAAAAGCAAUAGAAGAAAUUGUUGACAAUUUCUGUAGUCUUUCCUAGUCGUGGAUCAAAUGCAGCCCAUGGACGGCCAUUUUUAUACCAAAGAUGAAGGGACACUCUGAACCAGAGUUGUUUGUUUUCUUUUGUCAUUUUUCAGUUUGAUGUUGAUGUUGUUGAUGAUGUUGAUGUUGUUCUUGCUGUUGUUGUUGUUGCAGUUGUCCUCAUCCUUCCUUUGGGUCGUUCUUUUUCUUUUGGUUGUUUUAUCGUGGCGGCCGGACCAGUCCUACUAUCUUUCUUCAUCAGGUUUCAGACAGUUUACAUUUUCCUUUUUCAUGCAUGAACACACACACAUGCUCAGAUGCUGUAGAGGCACACACACAGAACACACACGUGAACUCAUAUCAGACAGUAUUUAAAGGUGUGGCUCACUGUUGUUGUUUUAUCUUCAUCCUCUGUGAUGGUUUAACAGGUCGUUCCAUGUCUCGGUUCCUCUUUUCUCCCCGUUUCUCUGAUCCUGCAGGGAACAAGUUUAGGAAAAUUUGUUGAUCCGAUCAUCCAAAAAGUUGCAAAUCAAGCUAAAUUUGCUAUAAAUUGUGCAGCAGGUGACUACGUAAUUACACUAAACUAAACUAACUCAUUAGAUAAAUGAUUGCAUAAACUUUAUCUGCACUUAUCAAAUGGAAAAAAAACAUGUGGUUUAAUGAAAUGGUCAAAUCAGAGUGAUCAACCCAGUAGCUGGUGCAAAAUGUCAUUUUAUGAUUCUUUUAACCAUUUUCAUGCAUGAAAUAUAAACAUUAGGACUUAAAGCUGGGGUUCGAAGUAUGAUGUCAUCAAGACGAGGUGGAGAUUUUGGAAUUUGAAGGGCUACAGCUCCUGUCCUUGCUCCCCCUCCCCUUCUGAAAGGAGCUAAAGCCACGACUUUGACCUCGCCUGUGCACGAAAAUCAUCUUGUCGCUAACGGAAAAGUCAUGUUUUCUGUACGUUCCUGCUCAGACACGAGCUCAUCGCUUAUUUUAGUCAAAUCUACAGCGUUAAAGCAGGGAAACGCCCAAAACUAGCAAGAAUCCGACACUCGCAAUUGUCGCUAAUGCUACAACAGGUUCAAACAAAAGGCUGAUGUAGCGUAAGGUUGAGCGCUAUGCUAAUCACUUAGUUCCAAUACAUAACAGAUGAUCCCUUUCGUUCCCCGCCUUCCUCUUCCACGGUUAGCUUGAAGAGUACAGACGUGAAUUUAAUGCAGGUCGAGUUAGCAUUCAAGCUAGCUUGGUGUGCUAAGCUAAUUGUGUCACCUCAUAGUGCAUGAAGUGGAGAAUAUUCUCAUUGACUGACAGUUCCUUCUUGGGGAUUCACGACUCGUUUGGUCAACGCUCCAGGCUCGCCUAAAUGAUUCAUUUAGCUGUAGAGGCCAGGGGAGGGUCUCAGGGGAAAUAGAAGUGAUGGCAGAUGACCAGCUUUAAAUCACAUAACUGGGUCAGAUAGGCAAAUUUUUUAACACACUUUAAAUUGUUUAUACUACGUACCCCAGCUUUAAUGUGGAGGCUUAAGUCAAAGGUAAACGAUUUACUACCUCGCAUCUUCAAAUGUUCUUUUUUCUGAUACAUUAUUUUAUAAUUAGUUUUCACUUCUUCUAACUUUAGAAAAUGUUUCUAAGACUUUCAUUCAGAAGCAAACUAAACCAUUGAUUUUGUUGGCAUGAAACCAGUAAACACGAAACUCCAAACGUUUGCCAACCUUCACAUGAAGUUCAUGAGGUAAUGGGAAGCAAAUGAGCUCCUGUUCUGCCACAAGAUGCCAGUGGCUUCAUCCGCGGCCCCGGCACCAAGUGUCGUUAAACCCCUCAUUAUCCCAACAGGUUGCUCAAACAGCCCCGUCUCCUCUGAACUGAUCUUUCCGUCACUGAGCUGCAUGAGGUAUUCGGUGACUUCAACUCCCUGAGGAAAUUUCCUGUGGUACCACAGCCAUUUCUGGCCCAUUACAGAAGCCUGUUUGUGUCUUUUCUGCUCACCCGUGCCCUCCUGCUCUGCCCCAGCUGUGGUUGUAGCUCUAAAAAAACAGACUUCUGGCACCAUUUAUGGCCAGGCUCCCUCCUUAUCCCCGCCUCUCCCCUCUCUCUCUCUCUCUCUCUGAGGUUUCUCAUCUUUAUUGGAUGGUGCAAAAGCAAAACCACAAACCAAUUUCAGUCACUCUUGCAAUGAGGCUUGACGGGCCUAAUUUGUCUCCCUCUGGGACAAUAGGAUCCACUCCAGUGGCCCUCAAAAGUCCCCCUUCCUUUUGAGAAAGAGGACCUUUCUGUUCGGAGACAGUUGCCUAUAAAGUGCUGUUUGUUCUACCGAUGGCGUGCAGCUAAAGCGUGUCAUCGUGCAUGUUUAAGCAACAAUCAAACUACAUCGAGUGCCUUUUAACAAACCUUCCAGAUGAUUCCAUGUUUUCUGUGUAAUCACUCAAUCAAAGCACAUGGAGGAGCUUUCAGAAGAAUAGACAGAAUCGGUUCAAAUGGUGCUAAAGAUGAAGCUGUCCUGUUUUCAGUGACCUCUUUAAGGUCCAUGUUGAUCAUUAUGGCUCUGAAAUAACUUGAGAUUGCACAAAAGAAGCUGACGCAGGUUCCUGAAGGGAGAAACGUAAUUAAAGCCAUACUUUCAUUAGAUCUGUUUUUAUUUACGGUUUCGUCUUCCAUUUGUAAAGGGAGGUGGGUGAAUUCAUUAUCCAGGUCAAAUCAGCUAAAGAGUGUGUCUCACGGGGCUGGGAGUGUUGGUGACUAGUUGGAGAGGCAAAAUUGUGGAAAAAUAUGCUGAUUUUCACUUAAUAGUAUCUGCAGCGCUUGUGGGAGGAGUUUCUACGUCGCCAGGUCACAUGAGGUGUGUGACAUAAAUUGCAAUAGUUACCCAACUAGGGGUGUGUAUUGGCAAGAAUCUGGCAAUGCGUUUGCAUGCAUACUCAUCUAAGAUCAUGUAAAGUUAUUAUCCAGUUUUUCUUGAUUCAACAAAAUUUAACAAAACUCUUAGAAAUGCGUUAUUAAACGUGUGUCUACAACUGGAGUCAGCCUCAGUCAAGAUGGCUAACGGGAUGGCUUGAAAGAAAGUGGGUGUGUACUAGCAAGAAUCCGGUGAUACGAUAAUAUUUCACAAUAUGAGGAAUCGAUAUGAUAUACUGCAGUACUAAAAGCCUGGUGAUAUCUGUAAUUUUAAGACUCACUUUAAUUAGAAAACUCCGAGGCACAUCAGCGUUAUCGUGAGAUCUUGUCCCGUCAGAAUGAAGGUGGUAAAAACUGCUGCCACCUAGCAGUCGGAGUUUGAAUUGCACCAAACAAAAGAAAUACAGUAAAUGUUUGUAAUUUAAGUCCCAAUAAAAAAACAAUCCACUGCUUUUAAAUUUUUUUUAAAAAUUCAGUAUCAUAACACAAUAUAUCACGAUAUUUCCGUAUAUCGAUACUUUCUUACAUCCUAAUGUCCGAUGUUGCAAGAAAGACCUCCAACUCUCCAAAUUCUCGAGUUUGUCACACUUUCUGAUGUACAGAAACUAACCUGAGAAGGUGUUAAGACAAGACUUGGUAAAAAGCUUGUUUUGCAAAUAUUUUUUAAAUUCCAAAAUGUAGGCCGACUUCCAGGAAGGAAAUUAGAAUGUAUUUUUCCCGUGGGAUCGAUCAGGGCCUUGUCUUCAGUAAUGAGAGUCCCGCAUGAGAAAGAGCCAAAUGGCAAAGAUCUUGUAUUACUGGUCCGUUUUUGUUACAUUGCUCACCUUUGGUAAUGGGAUCCUGGACACAAACCGCUAUAGCGAGCUUCCCCUGGUGCUCAGCUUUAGAGAGAAAGUGAGACGUUUCAUCGUUCCAGAGAGCUGAGAGUAGAGCCACUGCUUCUCCUCAUCCAAAGAUGUCAAUUGAGGUGUUUGAGACAACAAAUAUGCCUCCUGGAUUCCUUCUCUGUGGAGCUUUUCUAGCUGUGUCCCUCUGGUAGGACAUCCUGGGUCAGUCCUAGAACUUUCUUAAGUGAUUCCAUCCGCUCUGUCCUAGAGUCACUUUGGUAUCCCCAAGGAGGAGCUGUAGAGAGGGACCUCUGGGCUACUUUUCUGGACUUGGGAUUACUGCAACCUUGGAUAAUUGGUAGGAAAUGGAUUAAAAACUCCAACAAUGUAAUAGUGAGACCCUAUGACCCAUACAAGGAAAUUAAGAACUGUUGCAAACAUUUUAAGACUAUUUGGAAACAACUUCUGUUCAGUUGGUCUCCAGCAGCACCCGCCCUGUGAGAAGCUGCUUCUGCCAUCUCCCAGACAACAUCUGCAUUUACCUACCUGGGAGUUGUAAUCUCUUCUUCCCAACAUCGUCGUCUUUAACAGCUUCAGGUUCAUGUACAAACUCUGCUUUCUGUAUCCCAUUUUAGGUGUGACCAUGAAACAACAGAGCUGCUACAGUUUACCAAUUUUUACGCUAGUUUGUGUCUAUGUAGAACUAUGAAGAGAUUUCCUGAUAUAUUUAAACAUUUUUGCAGGGUUCCAGUUGCAGCAAAGCUAAAGCCAAGUUCUCCAGAGUUUUUCAGCUGCUGUUUUAUGGUACAGAGGAUGUUUUGAAGCCUAAUAGGACUCAAAACCUAUGAGUUACACAUCAGAGAGCAGAGUGUCCUACAAAUGGCCCUGAAUUCAGCAGUAAUGGAAUUAUGGGCAACAGCAUUACAAAUAACCAGGAUUAUGGAAUGAAUGCACAACUAAGAACAUCAGCUUUAUAUUGCUAACGGAGGUUAGAGAGAAAAAGAUGUUAAGGCAGGUAUUUGCUACUGAUAUUUCACAUAGAUUUGAAAGAUUACCCAACAAACAGAAAUGGCUUUUUUCUUAAUAGCACAAUGGCAUGACGUACCUUUUCAGAAUACAAAUGCCUUUUUUGGGUAGUCUGCAGAGGGCAUGCCUGCAAUUUUAAGAAGGCUGUUGCAGAAAUAUGCCCUCAGUCAGCUCAUGUGUCAGCACAAACUCAGAGCCAGGAGAGUAAGGGUACGGGUAAGAGGAGAGGAUGGUCAUUAGCGCUUGUUGCCGGGCAGAUCUACAGUUCUCGGUAACCGACUCAAGGGGGCGACCAGCAUGACCUCUCGUUAAUUAGGAAUGCACUCUUUCUCACUCCAUCACUCCAAACGGUCUCGUCCCUUAGUUCUAAGAUUCUCGUCACGCUGUUCCUCACUCUGUCCUGAGUUUCCCUGCUGGCACGCUGCCAGGCGUCCGCUUACCUCAGUCAUGUCUUUAAGGGAUCUUCAAGUGUCCUUGUUGGCUUUUCGGAGAAUUAAACCGCUUUUUCACUCUUCAAAGCAGGAAACAUGCAUUCAAACUUCCGAUUUCUUUGCAUUUAUCAACUAACAAUCAUUUAAUACAUUCAUUAAAGUUAUGAUCCAGUUUUUCUAGAAAGAAUGUUGUAAACCUCUGGGUCUUUCUGAUGAGCACUAACAUCAUCAUCUCAAAAACCAGUGAAGCAUUUCAGUAAGACUUAGAAAGUCGUAACUGAUUGUGCGUCUAUAACGUGUGUCAGUGGAAUCGGCCUCAUUCAAGAUGGCUAAAGGAUCUUGGUUUAAAAUUCUGGCUUCAAAGAUGAGGGGUGGUAUUGGCAAAAAUCUGGCGAUACAAUAUAUAUCACAAUACGGGAGAAGAAGAAGAAGAAAAUAUCAUUUCUAUAGCGCCUCUCAAGAUAAAAAUCACGAGGCGCUUCACAAAAACAAAAAAUGUAAAAAUAAAAAAAUUUAGAAAAUGGUUAAGGAUAUAUUUAAAAUGAGCAAAAAAUAGACAAUUGUGAUUAAAAAAUGUUAAGAAAGAGAGAGAGUGAACAGGAAAGAGGGAAAUCAGUGGAUCCUGAGGAAGGUGGAAUAGGUGGGGAGAGCAGAAUAAAGAGAGAGUGGUGAAGAAGGUCAUACAAAAGCCAGCUUGAACAAGUGAGUCUUCAGCUGCUUUUUAAAGGAGACCACUGAGUCCACUGAUCUCAGGCUCAGGGGAGAGAGUUCCAGAGUCUGGGGGCCACAGCAGCAAAAUAAUCUGUCCCUCAUGGGAGGGGGCGAUACGAUAUAUUGCAAUGUUAAAAGCUAGUCGAUGUUUUUAAGGAAUAAUUUAGUUGGAAAACUUAGUCCAGAUGCCUCCAAGACACAUCCAGUGUCAUCGUCGUCGUUCCGUCAGAAAGAAGGUGGUAAAGCCUGCCGCCGCCUAGCAGUUGGCGUUGCACCACACAAAAGAAAUACAUUAAAUCAACAUGCUGCUUUUAAACAUGGAUUCAGUAUUAUAUCACUGUUGUGAUAUUUCAGUACAUCAGUACUCCCUUACAUCCCUACUAGGCUCAAUUUAGGUGAGAAGUAUGGUUUAUGCAAUCAUUUGUGGCAAAAAUGACAUUUCAUCAUGAAAAUGAAGUAAAUCUGGCCGGUACCGGUGUCAGAAAUCUCAACUCGUCUGAGUUUUUCCCCACUAGUUUCAGGGAGAAAACUUUUAAAUUUGGAGGAAAUACUGCCAUGGUGAGGAUCUUCCUUGUGUCCGUGUCAUUUAGGGCGAGGUGCUUUUUUCACUGCCUCGAAAAUCUGUCCUUCCCUCCUCAUUUCUCAGAAUCACUGCCACCACAGCAGCACUCAUCCUCUCGCACGGCUCCUGGACUCACAGGGUCUGAUCGGAGCUGAAGCCAUUCCUCGUCGACUGUCACGUGUUUGCGAAACGGGAGUUCAGAGUUCCUCUCGCAGAGUGUCGAGGAGAACUGCGGCUCAAUAACUCAUUGCAGACCAGCACUUUUUCACACAGUCACACUCACACAUCAUGCAGUGGGGAAAUUGCUCAAACCAACCCCUCCAUAAGGCCUUGGGCUUUUAAUUGAUGCUUCGGUCCACCUUAGAUGAGAGCUGUCGAUUGGCUUCUCAACCCCGGGAGCUCAGACAUCUCCACAACAUUUACAACAAUCCAGCUAGGAAAUUAUCCACCAAAUAAUUCUUCAGAGGUUAUCAUGGACGUAAUUUUCACUUUAGAAGUGGGGGUGGACACGGGGGGGGGGGGGGUCUUCACAGUAUGCUCUAAUGGGAAACAGGCUUCAACAUAAACGGUUGUUUUCUGCUUGGUCCUAGAGCUCAACCAGUGUCAAUUUAAUAUAGCGUAAUAUUGUUUUCGGAUGGUAAAAAGUGCAGGGGUGAAAACUUGACUUCGGAAAAAGUGGGGGGGACAUGUCCCCCCUGUCCCCCCCCCCCCCCAAAAAUUACGUCCAUGGAGGUUAUCAAGAUAGAAAACACAUCAAGGCAGCAGAGUGAUUCCCUCUCAUUUAUCUGGUUUUUACUUUGUGUUUGUUUCAGUGCUGAGAAGGACAUGGCCACGCCUCGCGCACGCCGCUCUGCGUGUGCGAUCUUUGAGAAAUUAUCUGUACAUCGGUAGAUGUUAUAAGAUAUGACUUGGGUUUUAUGAGUUUUUCUUUUUUUCUCUCUCUGAUGAAGCUUUCAAUAAAAAAUGUGGGGGAAAAAGCA